AUGGCCACCAAGAAACCCAACAUCCUUUACAUCAUGGCCGACCAGAUGGCGGCGCCUCUCCUGGCCUUCCACGACAAAAACUCCCCCAUCAAAACUCCCAAUCUCGACCGUCUCUCGGAAGAAGGUGUGACUUUUGACUCUGCCUACUGUAACUCGCCGCUAUGUGCGCCUUCGCGAUUCGUGAUGGUGACCGGCCAGUUGCCUUCCAAGAUUGGCGCCUACGACAACGCCGCCGACUUGCCAGCUGACACUCCCACCUACGCUCACUACCUCCGUCGCGAAGGAUACCACACUGCGCUGGCAGGGAAAAUGCACUUCUGCGGGCCGGAUCAGUUGCAUGGUUAUGAGCAACGCUUGACCAGUGAUAUUUACCCGGGUGAUUACGGCUGGUCCGUGAACUGGGAUGAACCGAAAAUCCGCCCCGAUUGGUACCACAACAUGUCCUCCGUUAUGGAGGCGGGUCCUGUCGUUCGCACCAACCAGCUCGAUUUCGACGAGGAGGUGAUCUACAAAUCCCAGCAAUAUCUGUACAACCACGUCCGCCAGCGGACGGAACAGCCGUUCUGUCUCACCGUCUCCAUGACCCAUCCGCAUGACCCUUAUGCCAUGACAAAGGAAUUCUGGGAUCUCUACGAGAAUGUGGACAUUCCGCUGCCCGAGACCCCCGCUUUUGACCAGGAUCAGCAGGAUCCUCACUCGCAGCGUGUGCUGCAGUGCAUCGACCUGUGGGGUAAAGAGAUGCCCGAAGAGCGUAUCAAGGCCGCUCGUCGUGCAUACUACGCUGCUUGCACUUACGUUGAUACCAACGUUGGCAAGUUGCUCAAGGUUCUAGACGAUUGCGGUCUGAGCGAUGACACUAUCAUUGUCUUCACCGGUGACCACGGUGACAUGCUUGGCGAGCGCGGUUUGUGGUACAAGAUGACCUGGUUCGAGAACUCCGCUCGUGUGCCUUUCAUUGUGCACUACCCCAAGCAGUUUGCUCCUAAGCGCGUGUCGCAGAAUGUCUCCACUAUGGAUCUUCUACCGACAUUUGUUGAUUUUGUCGGUGGAGAGCUUGUGCACGAGCUGCCAUUGGACGGUGUCUCGUUGCUACCUCAUCUUACUGAUGAUCACAGUGGUCCCAAGACCGACACCGUGCUUGGCGAAUACAUGGGUGAGGGUACACAGUCGCCUGUCGUGAUGAUCCGUCGCGGCCGGUGGAAGUUCGUGUACUCCCUGAUCGACCCUCCCAUGCUCUUCGACCUGGAAUCCGACCCCCACGAGAAGGUCAACUUGGUGGCCGGUAUGACUGAGCCAUCCAUCACCCCCAAGCUCGCUAAACUCGCUGAACCUGCGGCAGCUGCGCUUCCCACACCCGACGAGCCACCUCACAUCUCUCCGAUUCCUCAGCGCAACAUUUCCUCCUUCCCAUUCCCGUCUCCACCACGCACUCCCAGUCCCGCCAAGCUUCCCGGGCCGCUGCCCGACACCACAGACCCAGCCAGGCUGCUUGCCUACUUCAGCGAAGAAACACACGCCCGCUGGGACCUGGCGAAGAUCAGGGAGGAUGUGCUGCGCUCCCAGCGUCGUCGGCGUCUGGUGUACUCCGCGCUCCUCAAGGGCACACCAUCCAUCUGGGACUACGAGCCGCGUGUAGACCCCAGCACAACCUACAUCCGGAACCAGGGCCAAGGAGCUCUUGACGAUGUGGAGUUGAUUUCGCGGUGGCCCCGAGUGUUGCAGCAGGCUGCUAACGCUAUGGGGGCUGCUGUUUAA